AUGGCGACGACAUCAAGAGCUCUGACCAAGCUCGCGGUGCCCUCAACGGGCGCCGUGCUGCUGCAACAAUCCUCGUUCCACGCCGCCGGCGUCCCCCGAUUGUUCCUCCAGGCCUCACGCAGGUCAAUUGGCGCGCGCCCGGCCUUUGGCAGCAGCAACACCCAAAAUCUUCUUUCCCGGCAGUUCCGACGCAACGCCUCUAGCGAUGCUGCUGCUCUGGCGCCGGCGCCGAAGAAGCGUCGCUUUCGAAAGCUGCGCUGGACCUGGCGUCUCGGAUAUCUCUCGGCCCUUGCCGGCAUUGGGUACAUUGGCUACGGCGUCUGGCUGGACCGGCACCCGGAGCCGCAGCUUGAGGCUGACUCGACUAAGAAGACCCUCGUGAUCCUCGGAACCGGCUGGGGUUCGGUCUCGUUGCUGAAGCGUCUCGACACGGAAAACUACAACGUCAUCGUUAUCUCGCCGCGCAACUACUUCCUGUUCACCCCGCUCCUCCCGUCAUGCACCACUGGUACCAUCGAGCACCGCUCCAUUAUGGAGCCGAUUCGCACCAUCCUCCGUCAGAAGAAGGCGAGCGUGCGCUUCUACGAGGCCGAGGCUAGUUCCAUCGACCCGGACCGCAAGGUGGUGCGUCUGAUUGACACCUCGGAGAUCCGCGGCGACAUUACCGAGACUGAGGUGCCCUAUGACAUGCUGGUGGUCGGUGUGGGUGCGGAGAACGCAACCUUUGGCAUCCCCGGCGUACGUGAGCACUCGUGCUUCCUGAAGGAGAUUGGGGAUGCCCAGCGGAUUCGCAAGAGGAUCAUGGACUGCGUCGAGACGGCUGCCUUCAAGGACCAGUCCGCCCAGGAGAUUGAUCGGUUGAUGCACAUGGUUGUAGUCGGUGGUGGCCCGACCGGCGUCGAGUUCGCCGGUGAGCUGCAAGACUUCUUCGAGGAGGACAUCAAGAAGCUGGUGCCCGAGAUCAGCGACCGCUUCCGCGUGACGCUGAUUGAAGCUCUCCCUAACGUGCUACCCAUGUUCUCCAAGCAGCUGAUCGAGUACACCGAGAGCACCUUCAAGGAGGAGAAGAUCAACAUUCACACCAAGACCAUGGUCAAGAAGGUGACAGACAAGACGGUCGAGGCCGAGGUGACCGGCCCGGACGGCAAGAAGGAGAAGGUGGUCUUCCCGUACGGCCUGCUGGUGUGGGCGACGGGUAACGCCGUGCGUGGCGUGGUCAAGGACCUGAUGGCACGCAUCCCCGCGCAGGCCAACUCGCGACGCGGUCUGGCCGUGAACGAGUACCUCGUUGUCCAAGGCACGCGCGACAUCUGGGCGGUUGGCGAUUGCGCGGUGGCCGGGUACGCGCCCACGGCCCAGGUGGCCACUCAGGAGGGUACGUUCCUAGCCCGCUUGUUCAACAACAUGGCCAAGACGGAGCACCUCGAAAGCAAGAUCAGCGAGCUCAGCUCGACGCUGAACCUGCAGCCGGGCAACUCGGCGGCCAUCUCGCACGAGAUUGAGGCCCACGAGCGCCAGCUCCGUCGCAUCAAGGACGUUAAGCCCUUCCACUACAGCCAUCAGGGUAGCCUGGCGUAUAUCGGUAGCGAGAAGGCCGUGGCCGAUGUCACCUGGUUCAACGGCAACGUCGCUGCGGCUGGCAGCCUGACCUUCCUCUUCUGGCGCAGUGCGUACCUCAGCAUGUGCUUCAGCACCCGCAACCGUCUGCUGGUCAUCAAUGACUGGCUCAAGUCCAAGGUCUUUGGCCGUGACCUGUCGCGGGAGUAA